GGGGAACUAGCGGGCUAGGUUAGCAAACUGUGAAUAAGGAGGCCGGUGGAAGAGUUUUCGAAGAAGGAGCUAUACAGAUCUCCUGAGGAACCUAUCUGAAGUCCUUUACCCAAGCACUGGCAGUUAACACAGGAUCUGCUUAGCUUCUUAGAGAACUUCUUCACUUCCCACCCACAAGACACUAUUGAAAAUGGUUAAGAUAUUUGUUGGUAAUGUGACUUCCUCGACCACAGAGCAAGAGUUGCGUGCGUUGUUUGAGAAGUAUGGAGCUGUUUCGGACUGUGACAUCCUGAAGAACUAUGGCUUUGUGCACAUGGAUGAAGAAGAGGCAGCACAAAAAGCGGUCUCUGCCUUGCACAAACAUGAGCUCAAUGGCUCUCGCAUAACUGUGGAGUACGCCACCACCAAAGUCCGCAACGCCACCAAGAUCUACGUGGGGAAUGUUCCUGAGGGGGUUACCGCCGCCAAGAUCAAAGAGCUCUUCCAGCCAUUCGGCAAGGUGGUGGAGUGUGAUAUCGUGAAGAAUUACGCUUUUGUUCAUAUGCAAAGGGAAAAUGAGGCCCUGGAGGCCAUUUCAGAGCUAAACCACACUAAACUGGAAGGCCAAAAGAUCUAUGUGUCCCUCUCCCGUAGUAACCAAGCCAGGAAUGGCAGAGGUGAAGACUAUUUCCCCCCUCCUCCACAUCACUAUCCCCCUCACCCACAUCACCCCCCACACUACCUCCCCCCUCGACCUCCACCUGGCGAAUACUACCCGCCACGUGGCCGACUUCCGCCACCGCCUCCUCUCCCUCCACCACCUCCUCGUGCCUACUACGAGCGUGAUGUGUACGAGAGGGGUAUUCGAAACGACCCGUACGCCAUGUCCUCCUCGAGUUAUUACGAUCGGGAUCCCUAUGAACGCCGCCUUCCCCCACCCCAACGACCUCUCUCUCCUCCUCUAGCCUCUCGCUACUACCGUGAGCGCAGCCCGUUGGGCAGCCGCCGCACUCUCCUGCCUCCACCACCACCUCCGCCCUCUUCCGCCAGCUACGCUCGUAGCUACGCCCGUUCUGGCUCCAGCUCUGUGCCACCAGCCCCUUCCUCCGUCACUGCCUCCUCCCACUAUCAGCGCUACUCCGUUGGUUCAGGCUUUGAUAAAGACGAGUACUUUGACGACAAGUACAGUAACGGUUUUAGCCGCGGCUACUGAAAAGCAGUUAGAGUGAGAUGUCUUUCAGCUCCAUUCAUUUGUCUUUAGAGGACGAGUAAUUUAUGAAGGACGUUUAAUACAGGGGAAUUGAGAAGAUGGUUUCUGAAUUUAUAUUGUGACGGGUAGAACAAAUGACACUGCACUCAUUUAAUUUAACUCUAGUGAAUGAAGGCAUCAGCAAGCCACACAGACAUGUAGACAAGAGGUUUUAAUUUACUCAAUGUUUAACAGUUU